CCAUCUCUGAGACCAGUCUCCUGUCGUCCUGGCAAAGGGUUCUGCGCUGCAAUUUCCGGUUCCAAGCUGGUGGCCUUCAGGUCUUAGAAGGGUUUCCUCUGCCUCUGGACGUCUUUUUUUAAAACCUGAGUGUUAAGGUUUGUAUUGAAGAAGCCAACGGAAAUUGAAUCGAAAGCAUUCUAAGAUGGCGAACCGUACGGUCAAGGAUGCCCACAGCAUCCAUGGCACCAACCCUCAGUAUCUGGUGGAGAAGAUCAUUCGCACGCGGAUCUAUGAAUCAAAGUACUGGAAAGAAGAGUGCUUUGGACUUACGGCUGAACUUGUAGUCGACAAAGCCAUGGAGUUAAAGUUUGUGGGUGGUGUCUACGGUGGAAACAUAAAGCCAACUCCUUUUCUGUGUUUAACCUUGAAGAUGCUUCAGAUUCAACCUGAGAAGGAUAUCAUUGUUGAGUUUAUAAAAAAUGAAGAUUUCAAGUAUGUCCGGAUGUUGGGGGCACUUUACAUGAGGCUGACAGGAACUGCAAUGGAUUGCUACAAGUACUUGGAGCCUUUGUACAAUGACUAUCGAAAAAUCAAGAGCCAGAACCGGAAUGGGGAGUUUGAACUGAUGCACGUAGAUGAGUUCAUUGAUGAACUUCUGCACAGUGAGAGAGUCUGUGAUAUCAUUUUGCCCCGGCUGCAGAAACGCUAUGUGCUGGAGGAAGGUGAACAACUGGAGGCCCGAGUUAGUGCUCUAGAAGAGGACAUGGAUGAUGUGGAAUCCAGUGAAGAGGAGGAAGAAGAAGAUGAGAAGCUGGAAAGAGUCCCAUCACCUGACCAUCGACGACGAAGAAGCUACCGAGACCUGGACAAGCCACGGCGUUCUCCUGCACUGCGCUACAGGAGGAGUCGGAGUCGGUCUCCCAGGAGGCGAAGUAGAUCCCCCAAAAGAAGAAGCCCUUCUCCACGCCGAGAAAGGCAUAGGAGCAAGAGUCCACGACGCCAUCGAAGCAGGUCCCGAGACAGACGACACAGAUCCCGCUCUAAAUCCCCAGGUCACCACCGUAGUCACAGACAUAGGAGUCACUCCAAGUCUCCUGAAAGGUCUAAGAAAAGCCACAAGAAGAGCCGCAGAGGAAAUGAGUAAUGGAUUCAUUUUGACUUCUGUCCAGAUGGCCUCCUGUGGAUAGGAGAAGAAUAUGUUUAGUGAGAGGAUCAAGAUCUCCUCUUCAGGCAGCUAUGCGUAUUUGGGGUUUUUAAAACAUCAAGUCGUUUGGUUGGUUUUUGUUUUGUUUUUAUUUUAAUAUUACAGAGGUGGUGCUAAGUUUUGUAUCUCUUUGAAUUAUAAUCAACAUCUUUGAAGGAUGUUUUUGACCAAAUCAACGUCAGGUUUUGACCUAACCAACUAUGGUUAUUCAUACUUAAAAAGGGUCAAGAGGAUCUGGGAAUUGGGGAGAUUCAUGAGAAUGAAGAGAUAUAGCCACGUGGUGAUCCUUUUCUUAUUUGUAAUUAAACCAGACACAGUUGUCAUUUUUCUUUAGUUUCUGCUUUCUCUAUGAAAUCCUGAGAGUUCUGUGGUUGAUACUGCUGCGACCCAGCUAGUAAAGCGUAGUAAUUCCUAACUUCUCAUUAA